AGGUUUAUAAGCUCAGGUGUCGUCUGGCAGGCGUCGAUACUGCAGAUCCCCCUGUGGCGUACACAUUCAACAUGAAGGUCCUCUUGUUUCUGGUGCUGGUGGCGGUGGCGGCCGAGGCGGCGUCCCUGCGCGACAAGCGAGGCCUCUCCCUGACGGUGGGCCACGCGCCCAUCAUCGCCGCCUCCCCGCUGGUGCACGCCGCGCCGCUGGCGGUGGCGCACCCCGUGCACGCCGUCCACGCCCCCCUGGUGUCGCCCCUGGCCUACCACGCGCCGCUCGCCGUGCACGCGCCCCUCGCCCUGGCACACGCGCCCCUGCUGGGCCACUCGCCCUACCUCCUGCACUAGGUGACAACAUGUCACCGCAGGCUGCAGAUGCCAUGUGUGGAAUGACGCGGCAUGGCGCGGCUCAACCAGUCGAUUCGGCAUUCCUGUGCGUGACUGUACGCCACGCGUGACCCACUACUUGGAAGCCAUUGCCAAAGGCCUGCCCUGCAGCGCCUGCAGCCACGCACAUAUGUACAAAACCGAGUUCCAAUUAUUGUGCUUUCUCGAAAGUUGAAAUAAAAGUUGGGAAUGGCGAAAA